AUGGCGCAGCUUCACCAAUACCGCCUCGGCUUCUCGCUGCUCAUGCCUGUGGUGGGUAUGGCCACGGGAGCUCUACAGUGGAACAGUGCCGCAACCUUUAUAUUAAACACUGUCGCCUUGAUUCCAUUGGGGUCGUGGAUCAAUCGAACUGUUGAUUCAUUGUCUGUGGAUGGGACACGGGUGGUCAACGAGCUUUUGAAGUCGACGCUGGGUAACUCGGUGGAACUAAUGGUUGGGAUUAAUGCAGUCGCACAGCGACGACCACACAUCUCUCAAUCCGUGAUCCUCGGCGGUGUCCUCAGCAAUCUACUUCUGGUACUCGGCGGUGCCCUUUUCUACGCCGGAUAUGAUCAAAAGCGCCUACGGUUUGACAAGCACCUCACAACUGUGCUCUCAUCUCUUAUGAUGGUCGUCUUUAUCCUCCUCGCCAUUCCAACCAUAAUGGACGUCUUCCCCUCCGCAAAGGCAACGCCCACAGACGAAGUGCUGUACACACAACGCAUGAUAUCGGUGGUUUUGAUGUCUCUCCUUGUUGUAUUUCUCUUCUUCCGUCUCCGUACCCAUGCAAGGAUGUUCGCUAGUACACCAUUCAGCCAACGAGAUCAGCCACGUGGCCGCCAUCAAUACCGCCAGAGCCAGAUAAUCGACGCCCAGAUACCAAGACCCUACAUCGCGAAAGGACCCGCGGCUUUGAUACUACUCGCUUCAUCUAGCUCCGCCCUUCUAUGCACACAUUACAUUGUAGCCAGCCUCAGUGGGCUAGCUUCGAUAACAGGCGCGAACCAGUCUUUCCUUGCUGUGACGCUUAUUCCCUUACUUGGAAAUUCAGUCAAGUAUUUCUCCAUUAUCACGGGCUCCCGAUCAUAUGGCCAAGUUGAGCUUGGUAUCAGGGCAGUUAUCAAUACUGUCUUGCGGAUUACGAUGCUGAUUGCACCGCUCCUGGUUCUUAUCGGCUGGGCUUUUGAUCGACCGCUUGUUUUAAGGUUUGAUGGAUUUGAAGCGACGACGCUUUUGCUGAGCGUUGUUGUCAUGACUUAUCUUAUCUCAGAUGGGCGAAGUAACUACUUUGAAGGGUUGAUGUUAAUUGGAGCGUAUCUCAUCAUCAUGGUCUCGUUCUUUGUUCGGCCUGAGGUUCCAGCUAAUGUGAUCUUUCUAGGAUCUUAG